CACCAACCACCGGAUAAACCCGUCUCGAUCCAUCCACCAGUCUUUCAUUUCUCUUUCUUCCUGUCAGUCGCACUCGCACUCGCACCGGGCGGUGUAUAUCUGGAUCGCCCAAUCCCCGCAUCCUCCUCGCGUUGACGCACGCAGCCGCGGCUACCCCAGGACAGCAGGUAGGACACUACUGAAGAAGGUGAUGCUCACCGUCCACAGUUGCAGCAAAAAACAAAUAGCAUUGAGCGCAACAGCCUGCAUACUGAUGUUCUCCCUGCUCCUCUUCAUUUUUUGUUCACUUCAGACCAUACUCCUCAACAAUAAACCUUUCGUCAUCACCACUGCAUCUUCUAGAUCAUUGCAUGAGAUCGACUCCAAUUCAAAGCCUAUUAACGGGCUUCAAAAAAUUUCAUUGGAGGUUAUUGCUAACCUGAGUGCCAGCAAGGUGGAAACUGGACAGCAGAUGGAAGGCGGCACUCAUAACAUUACCAACGUGACUGAGAAUGCGGCAUCUGGAUGGAGCAUUGUGAAGGAGGAGCUGACAUUUUCAGCUGGAAGUGCCCCUUUCAGUAGCUGCCAUGCUUCCACCAUUGUAGAGAUUGGGAAAGACAACUUUUUGGUGGCUUAUUUUGGUGGAUCCAAGGAAGGUGCUCCGGAUGUCAAAAUCUGGUUGCAGAGAUACAGUGAUGGUCACUGGCAUCCUCCAGAAGUUGCUGAUGAACAAGAUGGGGUGCCCAUGUGGAAUCCUGUACUAUUUCAGCUCCCUUCUCAUGAGCUGCUCCUCUUCUACAAGAUUGGUCAGGAAGUUCAGAAGUGGAGUGGUGCCAUGAAAAGAUCGCUGGAUGGUGGCAUAUCCUGGUCACAGAGAGAGCAGCUACCGCCUGGUAUUCUUGGCCCUAUUAAGAACAAGCCUUUCCUGCUUGAAGAUGGUCGCCUGCUAUGUGGGUCCUCGGUAGAAAGCUGGAACUCUUGGGGUGCAUGGUUGGAGGUCACAAAAGAUGGUGGCAGGACAUGGCGGAAGCACGGUCCUAUAUACAUAGAAGGUGAAACACUUGGGGUGAUUCAGCCAGUUCCAUACCAAACUGCCAAUGGGACAAUUCGGAUGCUUUUGCGAUCUUUUGAGACAAUUGGCCGUGUCUGCCUGGCGGAUUCUGCAGAUGGAGGUGUGACAUGGAGCUACGCGCACAAGACUGAGCUUCCUAAUCCAAACUCUGGGAUCGAUGGAGUUAAGAUGAAGGAUGGAAGAGUACUAGUUGCUUACAACACUUUCUCCAGGGGCACACUUAAGAUUGCAGUCUCCACGGAUGACGGUGAUUCAUGGAACGAGGUAAUGACACUAGAGGACACCAAAGGUAUGGAGUUCUCAUAUCCUGCGGUAAUCCAGACCAUGGAUGAGCUCGUACAUAUUACAUACACAUACAACCGGACGCAGAUUAAGCAUGUCGUUCUUCGACAUAGUGAGACAUGAAAUUGUAAGUCUGACUACUGGGAGACUCAUGGUAGCAAUCCAAGGAACUUCAAUUCAUCCCCGCCUACUUGGUGUGACCAUUGCAUCAGUUUGUGUUUGCUCAUAAAAUAGUGCAACCCGAUAAAUAAUUUUACAGGCUGAUCAUAAUAAAUGUAAUAGUAUGAACAAGUGCAUAUGUGAUUGGCGAUUUAGCAUAAGGCGUUCCUUAUAUGGCAGUUAUUUCCCUUCAUUCUUUGUUGUGUGAACCAAACUACAUUGUUCUUUUUCCCCCUCGAA